UGAUAAAAUAAUUGGCUUAACUUGGGGACAUGCUAUCUAUGAUUGUUAGAUCUGAGGCAGCAGAGAGAACGUUUGCAUAUUUUGUUACUUGUUAAGUAUUUCUUUCAAAAUUAAAUGCCAACGGACAAAAAUAAACAAGACAAUGUCGAUCGAGGAAAUUGGGCCAAUAAAUAUGAAUUUCUUCUCUCAUGUUUGGGGUAUGCUAUAGGAAUAGGUAAUGUUUGGCGAUUUCCCUAUUUAUGCUACCGAAAUGGAGGCGGUGCAUUUUUAGUCCCAUAUUUACUGAUGUUACUUUUCUGCGGUAUUCCUUUAUUUUUUCUGGAAAGUUCACUGGGCCAGUUUGCUAGCACUGGGUGUAUAACACUAUUUAGGAUUUCGCCUUUAUUCAAAGGGGCUGGUUUUGCUAUCGUUAUUGUAAAUAUAAUUUGCACUGCUUAUUAUAAUGUUAUUAUCGCUUAUCCUCUGCUAUUCCUGGCAAACUGUUUCCGAACUAAAUUACCAUGGAUUGACUGCGACAACCCGUGGAAUACUGAUCACUGCGUUAAGCUAGGUGGUCAGAACGCUGCGAAGAAUCACGCAAACGAUACGUUUCUCCUGCACCAAAAUGAAACAUUUGAAAAUAGGAUGAAAACUCCAGCGGACGAAUUUUUCCAUUAUCAUAUUUUGCAGAUCUCUGAUAGUAUCGAAGAUCAAGGUACAAUCGUUUGGCCUCUACUUUUAUGUAAUGUGUUAGCUUGGGUCAUAACUUACCUCUGCAUAAUGAAAGGCGUGAAAAGUGUCGGAAAAGUUGUUUACUUUACAGCCACUUUUCCGUUUUUUGUUUUAUUUGUUCUUUUAAUAAGAGGUUUAACGUUACCUGGAGCAUGGGAUGGCGUUUCCUUUUAUAUAUACCCCCAGUGGCAUCAACUUACGAAUUUAAAGGUGUGGGCUGACGCAGCGUGUCAGAUAUUUUUUUCUUUAGGACCAGGUUGGGGAGGAAUAGUUAAUAUGGCUAGUUAUAACAACUUCAGAAAUAAUAAUCAGUUAGAUUCAAUUCUUGUCCCAAUUCUCAAUUGCGGCACAAGUAUUUUUGCUGGGUUCGUUGUGUUUUCUGUAAUCGGUUUUAUGUCUCACGAGACUGGUUUGCCGGUAUCAACAGUUGCAACAGGCGGACCCGGACUGGCUUUCGUCACAUAUCCGGAAGCAAUCACAAUGCUACCUUGGCCUCACAUUUGGGCGAUACUGUUUUUUCUUAUGCUUUUCUUCCUUGGUCUAGACAGCUGUUUUGUACAAAUUGAAGCAAUCAUUUCCAGUGUGAUUGAUGAAUACCCGAGCCUCAGAAAACACAAAAUGAUGGUUACUUUUGGAUCGUGUGCAGUUACCAUGCUCAUCUCUACUAUGUUUGUUAGAAAUGGUGGAAUGUAUCUUUUACAACUUUUCGACUGGUAUGCAGCAUCAAUAUCUGUUAUUCUCAUUUGUUUUGUCGAAGUAUUUGUUGUUGGAUGGACGUACGGUAUUAAAAAUUUUAUAAGAGAUUUAGAGUUUAUGAUCCAAAAGAAAAUACACUGGCUGUGGAUUCUGUUAUGGAAGAUAGUUAACCCCAUCAUUCUCGCUUCAAUAUUUAUUACCACAAUUGCCUUUAACACAAGAAUUACAUACCGAGGCAUCACUUAUCCCGAUUGGUCUAUCACAUUAGGGUGGUGUUCAUGUGGAAUUUCCAUCAUAUGUAUUCCUCUUUAUAUGGGAUAUAGACUUUUAUAUCUAGAAGAAGGUGACCUUGUAGAUAGAAUCAAAUCUGCUAUUAAACCGACUCUAGAAUGGGGGCCCGCUGACAAUGAACACAGAAAAGAAUGGUUCAAAUUGGUUCAUUACGAUAAUAUUAGAAACUCCAGCGCCGAUGCAAGCAAAGAUCCCUACCACGAACAGUUUGUUCAACUGGUUACAUUAAACACCUAAACCUCCGUUUCUAGUAAAUUAUUAUGUAAAACAGAACACCUUUACACAAAUCUCGUUUCUGUUGUAAUAAAACGACCCCUAAAUUAGAAUAAUUAUAUUAUACUGAAACUCUUGCAAACAUAAUUGUAUUUUCCUUGCGCUUCUAACUUUAUAUAACCACUAAUAUUUA